GGCUGGAUAGAGAGCACACCUCCCCUCCUUCACCAUCAUCCUCGUAGUAAAAACAGACUCCGCGCAUCUCGCCGCCAUGAAGACGCACAGAGUGGCACAUCUCCAAUACGCAGUGUGCAUCUCCUGUCCUGGCUGCUAGAUUUGCUGUCGUCUGUGAAAACCUCGGUGGGUGCUUCACACACACAGAUGAGAAGGAGAAGCGCUGCUUGCUCAGACCUGCGGGUUAUCUAAACACCAAAAAGACGAACAGAACCCUGCAUUAUUUUUUACGCAUUUAGGCGUUUUUUUUCUGCGUUUAAUCUUCGAGGAGUGCGUUUUCUCUUUGAAACACGCGUCUUAUCCAGGCUCCAUCUCUCUCUUUUGAGUACUUGGAGAGCCUGCAGAGGCGAGCAUGGCAGCAUGACAAUGGUGCAAGGCUGCCUGACAGCAGGAUGAUGCGUUUGGUUUUUUUUUUCCUCUUUGCGUUUUGACUUUUGAGGAAUGGACUCUUCGCCGGAGCAGUUACCGAGAACUCCAGCGGUUUAUUUUGCGUAUUUGAACAGAUUCCUACUUCUCCGUGUGUGCUAUGUUCAGCAUCUGGUGCCUCGUCCAGUCCGCUCUCUUCUCACCUUUCUCCUCCCAUCAGCCGCAGCGCGUCUCUAAUUGGAGCGACUCCGAGCAUCUUAAUUGAUGGAGAUCUCCCACAUCGGACACUGACCUCCGGUUCCAGCGUUUCUCGAAUCGCUGCAGGCGGAAAACACGACGCUUCUUGCCGUUAUUGGAUCUAAUUGGACUUAUUCGCUUCACCUGCAGUCGUCUAACCUUUUUUCCAGUGACAAUGCCGGUGAACGCGCUGCCCCGCGGCGGCAGCAGCGGCUUUGGCGGCCCGGGAUCCCUGAGCCCGGCGUCGCUGUCCCGGAGCCUGUCCCGGCUGAGGGAGUUCCGGACCCGGACGAGGAUCAUGCUGGCUCUGGGGGUCUCUCAGAUGGUCCUGGGGAGCCUCAUCCUGGCGGUCAGCUUCGCAGCUCUGGCCCUCACCACAUCACCCAGAGUCCGGCACUCCUGCCCCUUCUGGGCAGGUUUCUCUGUUCUGCUCUCUGGACUCAUUGGAGUGGUGUCAUGGAAGAGGCCGCUCUCUCUUGUGAUCACAUUCUUCAUGCUGCUGUCUGCAGUGUGUGUGAUGCUCAACCUGGCCGGCUCCAUCCUCUCCUGCCAGAACGCUCAGCUCGUCAACUCUCUGGAGGACUGUCAGCUGUGUGGAUGUGUGUUCUCCCCUCCUCCCCCCCAGCUCAAGUUUGACAGCGAUGGAGUGUGUGUUUGCUGCGAGCUACAGAAGCAGAGUUCGAGCUGCAACAACCUGGGAGAGACGCUGAAGCUGAAUCCACUGAGGGACUGCAACACCAUACGCCUCCGUCUCAAGGAGCUGCUGUUCAGCGUAUGUGCCCUUAACGUCAUCUCCACCAUAGUGUGCGCUCUCGCCACUGCAAUGUGCUGUAUGCAGAUGGUCUCGACUGAUGUGCUGCAGAUGUUUAUGCCACACAGAGCUCGAGCCCUAAAUGCUGACUGUAUGACCCCCCAUGGAACCAUCCUGCACCAAACGCUGGACUUUGAUGAGUUUAUUCCUCCCAUCCCUCCUCCACCAUACUACCCCCCAGAGUACACCUGCACCCCCUCCAUGGAUGGACAGAGAGGCCUCCAUCUGGACUUCCCUCAUUCUCCCUUCAGUGCCAUUUAUGGGGUUCCUAUCAACAGCCCAGGGACCCUCUACCCGACUGACCUGCCACCUCCAUAUGAGUCUGUGGUGGGUCAAACCCCUGCAAGCCAGGUCACCACCAGCAUCGAGCAACAGGCCACUGAGUCCAGUCUAUGUGAGAGAAACACCACUGCAGGACUCAGCACUCAGGCCUCGGUGGACAGUGCGUCCCUGAUGGUGUCAGAGGUGGCCGAUCAGGACCAGACUUGCUCCUCAGAGGACUUGUGCUCCCUGGAGGUCCAGGGUUCGGAUUCGUCUCCCUACGGCACCCUCCACAUCGCCCCCACCGAUGGAAGCUGCACCAGCCUGGAGCUUUGCACACGUGGUUCCUCACGGUGCCGUCGCGGCUUGACCAACACCGACGCUCGUCCUAGUGAUACCGGAUACAGCGAGUCGUCCCACACCCAGGAGUCCCUGGAACGCUCGCCAGACUGGUCCUCAGGAAACUUUAGCAAUCCGGACCAGGAGGAUUCCACAGAGAACACACAUCCAUGUGAGGAAUUCAGGGCCUCAAUGCAUAUAUGUGACGAGCUGGCCUCAGCCAAACAUUUACCAGAGGAGCCACCUAAGGCAUCAACACACUCCCUCAUUAAAGCACGAAUGAUGAGCCGGAAGCUCACUCUCCCCGUCACCAUCCCCCCACCACCUCAGCCUUGCUCCCCCACCUCUGUGGCUUCCUCUGGUGGAACUUCAGCUAUCAGCCCUUUGGCUCCUUCUCCUUCCCCUUCACCUCCUACCAGGCCUCGAGGCCCCAGGCUGUGUUUCAGUGUUUGGUCCCCUUCCUCUGCAUCACAGCCCCCCUCUACCUCAGCCCAAAGCGGCCACUCACCCUCAGACAGGCCUCGGGGGCUCCGAGCAGCCAGGAGGUAUCGCAAACUGGCUCGCAUCGUCCGGUCCACCAGUGACCCAAUCUCCUGUUCCACUACGACAGGAAGAGAAAAUUGUGGCUGCACCUCUGGAAAUAACCCUGCUGCUGAAGACUCGGCUCAUACAUCACCAGACCAGGAGCCAAGAGACGUUUCAACAGAGAUAGUUGGAGCCAAACCCAGUCAAGUAAGCGUCAGGAAGCAGCAGAAGGAGGGCAGGAAAGUUGACAUCCACCUUAAACCCCGAUCUCUCCACACCCACUCCUCCCACGAGCGCCCACACUCCCUGGCUGACCUUAAGAUGUACAAAGACACCAAAAUAUUAGUGGCAAAGUUCCUGGAGCACUCCAGCUGCAGUCUACCUCCUGAAGUCCAGCAGGUUGUCAACAACAUCAAGUGUGUCAUCAAGUCGGAUGAGAAACACAUGGAAGAGGCCAUCUUUAGUGCCAAUGUCAUUGAUCAGGUGAUGACCCAGCGCAUCAUAGGCAGCCCCAGAAAGCGCGGCCACGAGGAUCUUCACCUCCAGAGCUGUGGCGCUCUGAGUUCUUCGCCCUCCCCUUCCAUGCGCCGUCCAAAACAUCUCCCACAAACAACCAGCGCCUCCACCAACUCACUGGGCUCCCCCUCCUCUGAACAAAGCCUUGAGUGCAAAGAAACUAUUCUCUGACCACUCUCUCAGCAAGGACUUGGGUCGAAACUCUGAGGGCAUUUCAGGGUGCUGGUGUUGCUGACACGCUGUCCUGUGCUGCUGAUGUCUGUGGAGCAUUUAAUAACUCUUCAGGCAUCACAGGAUUACUUUUUGAACAUUGUGACUGCAGUACACAGCAACUGAAAUGCCACCGAACUGUAUUUCCUAGUGCCCUGUAAGACCGUGCCAAGUCAUCAGCAGAAAUGGUAGCAAACUCAGACUGAGCCUGCCAGUGUCUGUAGUGGCUUCUUUCUCAUCAGAAAAACAAAAGAAUGUUUCUCCCUCAGGGGAUCUUUUCUACUGAGUUUCAUCUCUUGAAAAAAGUAACAAAUACACAACUGGUAAGUUUGGAUCUGUGACUAAAAGACAAAGGAGAUUGUGCUAUCAGUAUUCCUCUUGUCCUCGUAAGAAACAGAGAAAAUAUGUUUGUAUUAAACUGUGAACUGAACUGACAGGGCAUUAUUAGCCAUUGUUUGCAGAUUUCGUGGAAUUGUGGCCGAUCAGAUGGUGAAUAUUUUGUGGUUAAAGAACAUCACAGAUGUGGAUUAUUUAACUUACCUCAUUGUGUUACAAUUCUUUUCAGUGUUACAAUAAAAUAUGCGUUUGUA